AUGGGUCGUUCAUCAGACGAGUCGCGCCGUGCGCCGCCAGCAGCUUCGCGGCUCCUCAUCCAUACAAGUGUACAAUACCAGGCACCCGUUGUCUACGUCCCCAAAGAUCUCUUCUCCAGCCUAUUCCGUCGAACCAGCCUGACCAAGAUGCAUAUGACAUGGCGACAGAGCAGGUCAAACCUCCUGAUUUCAGAUCUCGAGCACUAUUCUCGCACCGGUACUGCAGAUAGAUGCUUCGAUGAAGCUCAAGCCUCCCCGCUUUACGACCUGAUGGCCGAGGUCGGCUACUCUGAUUUCGACAAAGAUACCGUCACAACAGUCAUAACGCCAUACUCCUUCGCCUACGCCUCACGACCUGCGCUCCUCGAAGACCCCUUCAUCGACGACCCCUUUGUCGAUGAGGAAACGCCUGCCAUCUCCUCCGUCACCCACCUGCCGCAGCCUUCCGACUCGGACACCAAAGCCCGCAUCACAUCUUGGCUCGACGCCGUCGACCCCAUCGUCGCACCCCCGCGACCGCCCAGCCCAGACCUGUACCCCCUCGAGCCAAUGGGCUCCAGCAGCAACAGCACGCCGCACGAAGACGCCGCGCUCGCAGCCCCGGCGGCGGCGGUGGCGGCAGCCGUGUCGCGAAGAGUGACAGUCACCGUCCUCGGCCCGGGCUUCAUCGGCCGCAUGCCCGGCCCCGCGACCGUCGAGUUCCAGGCGCUCCUGCUCGCGGGCCUGCUGGCCGUGCUCCUGGCGCCGCGCAUGACGCUCAUACUCGUCUGCAGCGUCUCGCUGUCGCGGCUCGGCGAGAAGGCGCUGUACGGGGGCGACGCGGACAGGCGUGUCGCGGGAUGCUGCGCCGCGGAUGAGCUGGAGGGGUACGAGGCCGGGAGGCGGGUGGGUGGCGUGCUGGGGAUGGGGACCUGGUGA